CCCGAAACGCGCUGUAUCGAGUUACUUGCACGUCAGUUUGCGUCUAAUAAAGCUUCCAGGUUCUCUGUUUUUAUUUCAACAUUUUUUUUUUAUAAAAAAACCAGCUUUCUCAAAUCAAGCCCAGCCUUUCUUCUACCUCAACCUCCCCAUUGACCGCAUUGACCGUUAUUUGAGGUCGCCGCGCAAUAUGUCCUCCAUCUACAAUCUCGAGCCUCAGCCCACGGCUUCCCUAAUUCUCCAUACGACCCUGGGUGACCUAUCCGUCGAGCUCUUCGCAAAACAGACCCCGCUUACCUCGCGAAACUUCCUCCAGCUAUGUCUCGACGGAUAUUACGAUAAUACAAUAUUUCAUCGUCUAGUACCUGGCUUUAUUAUACAAGGAGGUGAUCCCACUGGGACAGGAAAUGGGGGCGAGUCCAUCUACGAUGGCGGCGCAUAUAGCGGUGAUCUGGAUCCGUGGCCUAUGGAUCAGCGCCGCGGGAAGAACGCUGGACCCACGGGCGUAAACUUCAAGGACGAGUUUCAUUCACGAUUAAAGUUUAACAGAAGGGGAUUACUAGGUAUGGCGAACGAGGGCAAACCGGAUACAAAUGCCAGUCAAUUCUUCUUCACUCUGGACAAAGCCGAGGAGUUGAAUAGCAAGAACACGGUGUUUGGAAGGGUAGUGGGCGACACAAUCUAUAAUUUAGCCCGCAUGGGUGAGGCAGAGAUAGCAGAAGGGACCGAGCGACCUCUCUACCCUAUAAGAAUAACGGGCGUGGAGAUUCUUGUGAACCCUUUCGAUGAUAUGAAAAAGCGAGAAAGGAUUGCCAAGCGUACCCACGAAGCGCUCAUUACGGAGAAGAAGAAGAAAGUUAAAUCUAAGGCGGGAAAGAAGUUGUUAAGUUUUGGAGACGAAGAAGGUGACGACGACGCGCCGGUUCUGAAAAAGGCGAAAUUCGACUCGCGAAUUGUCAUGGAUGCAGAUGAAGAGCCAGCACCCGUUGCUAAGCCGCCGAAGAGUAGUGCUAAUAAGGAGGCCAAGGCGACCGGAUCUUCUAUACCAGUUCGUGAACUUCGAACAGACACGAAAUCGGAAACACGACCGUCUCCACCACCUACAAAGAGCGCACCCAUCCCUAUUCGGGACGAAUCAUCUCCAGAACCAGAACCUCGGAAGAAAUCUGCAUUAGAGCAAGCGAACGAAGAAAUUGCAGCCUUGAAAGUAUCUAUGAAACGGACGAUUCAUUCUGAACCAGUGAAGGAGGUUAAAAAAACAGCAUUGGAGCAAUUAAUUCCGGAGACAUCCACGCGCGGCCGGAAAAGAAGAAGAGAAGGGGGCGAGGGACCUGUUGUAAACGAAGAUUUACUAAUGCUUCAAGCUUUCCGCUCCAAGCUUAGUCAAGCUGGGCCUGAGAAAGAGCAGCCAAAUGUGCGUACGGAAGAUAAUGACACUGAACAGGGCCCUGGCGAGCACGACGACGAAGCUGAAUUAUGCGAUCUACAUUUUAUUGCCAACUGCCAAAGCUGCAACUCGUGGGACAAGGCUGAAAAGGAAGAGAGCGACGAUGAGGGUUGGAUGUCACACGCACUAAGUUUUGCAGCCGAUAAGCUUGGGAAGGAUUUAUCGUAUCGAAAAAAGGCCGAAGAGGAAUUGGUUGUAAUCGAUCCUAGAGAGAAAGCCCGGACGCUCAAGGAAGAGAAGAGGGCGCAAAGAGAGGCCCAAAGUGGAAACUCUGGAAGAGAAUGGGAUCAAGCAAGAAAUGCCAAGUUGGCCAGAGCAUCGGCUUUGGCUGGUAGAGGAGCCAAGUAAAACAUGUUCACCGUAGGAAUUCCCCUUCCUUUUUCUCUUCUCGUAUCUCUUGAGGUUUGAAAAUGAUCAUUGAUACCCCUUGGCUAUAGAAAGUUCUAUGACCUUCUGAGGUUGAAGCCGGCAUGGGUGAUUUACCCUUAGUCUUCGUUGAAGAGAAAAAAAAAAAAAAAAAAAAGGAGGCUUUGCAUUCUGACAAGCUACGUGGGUCCUGUAAACAACGUGCAAAAAAGUGAAAGCCUAUGUUUUGUUAGGGUGUUUUUGAUAUUGCGAUACAAUCGUGCAUACUGCUGAGAAUCGGAAUUUGGUCCUAGUUGGGUAAACUACAGAGAGAGCUGUGGUGCAUUUGGACGCUCGUGAUUGGUGAGCCUAAAGCACCCAAGUCUCCAGCACUCCAGCCUAGCGUUGCAUCGACUGGAGGUGAUGGUCCGGACCUGUUGGCGUUCGGUACAUGGUUCUUAUUAAUAGCUCCACAGCUUCAUAGCUUUGGGUGUAGUUGGACAUGGUUUUGGCGCAGAUUGCUCCGGUACCUACGGAUUGCCAUAUGUAUUAUUUCUCCGCAGUCUAAACAAUACACUAAUCAGUACCCAA